AUGGUGGUCCACUGUUUCGGUGCAUACUUUGGUUUAGCCGUAGCAAAAGUGUUCAACAAAAAGGAAAUGGUCGGGCAUCAGCAUGAAGGCGCCAGCUACAAUUCCGAUAUCUUUGCCAUGAUCGGCACGCUCUUCCUCUGGGCCUUCUUCCCAUCGUUCAAUUCGGCCUUAGCAAUUCCAGAAGAUUCGCGACAUCGUGCUAUCCUGAACACCUAUCUGGCAUUGUGCUCCUCCACCAUAUGCACCUUUCUGAUUAGUCAACUCUUGGAUCACGAUCAUAAGUACCGCUUCUCGAUGGCUCAUGUGUCGAACUCAGUUUUGGCCGGUGGUGUUGCAAUCGGAACAGUCGCGAACAUUGUUCUGGAACCAAUUUAUGCACUUCUGAUCGGAUGCCUGGCAGCUAUUGUCUCGGUUAUUGGAAACAACUACAUCAAGGUGGCUCAUUUUUUCGGUUUAUUUUUCAAGAAUUCAACUAUAGAAAUGGCCAAGGAUACUUUCUGA